CUCCCCGUUCUCCCGAGUUUGGCUGCCGUCGGAAGAAUUUUGGAGAGUUGGAUUGAGUUGGACCAGAGUGACCUACGCCGGCGACCCUGCGAACAUCGCGUCUGGCAGGACUGACCCACAUUAUAUAAAUUCCUUUCUGGUUUCGGAUGUCUCGCAUCCCCGUCCCAGCUCAUUCUCCGUCUGUCCAGAAAACACUUGACCGUUCUUCUCCAGUUCCUCCUCGGCAGCCAAGUACCAUGUCUGCGUCGAACCUCUCCCUCUCUGAUACACGGAAGAAGCAGUCGAAACGUGACGAGGCCAUUCGCAAAAAAAUCGAAUCUGAGCUCGCCCGCAAGCGCACUAUCUCAAGCACUCAUCAUACUGGCACGCGCAGCAGGCGAACGGCAAAACCAGCUGUUGCAAAGGGGACCGUCGCGGCUCUCAAACCAAGUCCGGCACUCACUGUUCCGGAUAACAUUACUGUCGCCGAAGCCAGUCAGCUUUGCGCCGCCAAGCGUACGGAUUGCGUACUCGUUGUCGACGAUGAGGAGGGUCUUAGUGGCAUAUUUACAGCCAAGGAUUUGGCCUACAGAGUAACUGCAGAUGGGCUGGAUCCACAUCACACACCCGUCAGUCAAAUAAUGACACGGAAUCCCAUGGUCACUCGUGAUACGACGAGCGCGACCGAAGCUCUUCAACUCAUGGUACAACGACACUUCCGACACUUGCCUGUCUGCAACGAAGAGGGCAACGUCGUCGGUUUAUUGGAUAUUACCAAAGUAUUCCAUGAGGCUUUGGAUAAGGUCGAACGCAGUUCGUCCGCAUCCGAGAAGUUGUACAAUGCUCUUGCCGGCGUACAGUCCGAGCUUGGCCCAGGAGUAACAUCCAACCCUCAGGCCGCGGCUAUGCUUGCAUACGUCGAUGCUUUGCGCGAGAAGACUGCCCUACCAGAUCUGUCCACGGUGAUGGAUUCGCGUACCCAGCCAGCAGUUGUCUUGCCAAAGACUACGGUUCGCGACGUUGCGAAGCUGAUGAAAGAACGCCGGGUAACUGCAGUUUGCGUAAUGGAGAAUACCCCCGGCCCCGACAGCGCGCACCCCAAGAUCGUGGGCAUUUUUACGAGCAAGGAUGUCGUUCUUCGAGUUAUAGCGGCGGGAUUAGAUGCGAAUAUGUGUAGUGUUGUCCGGGUAAUGACACCACAUCCGGACACUGCUCCUCCGACGAUGAGCGUGCAUGAUGCACUCAAGAAGAUGCAUAAUGGUCACUAUCUCAACCUUCCAGUCGUUGAGACGGACGGCCGAUUGGUAGCCAUAGUUGAUGUCCUCAAACUCACUUAUGCCACCUUGGAGCAGAUGAAUGCAAUGAGUACGGAGGCGUCCGGAGAUGCAGAAGGUGGACCAAUGUGGGGUCGCUUCUUCGAUUCCAUUGGUGGACAUGAAGAUACGGAAUCCGUGCUUUCUGGCUCGCACCAUCACACGGACGCUCACUCUCUUUCCACACGCAACUUGUCUUAUCUCCAUCAAUCCCCUAACUCUGAGGUUCACCCCAACGACUCUGCUUCCGUUGUCGAUGACGACUCUGCCCUCGAAGGAUACCCAAGGAAAAAGGGUGACAUCCCUGCUAUAUCCGGCGCGGCGUCUAGCAUUCCUGUUGAUGAUGGUACAUAUGUAUUUAAGUUCCGCACGCCAAGUGGGCGCACGCACCGCUUCCAGGCCCGUCACGAUAGUGUGGAGAUGCUUCGAGAGAUUGUAUACGGGAAACUCUCCACGGAUCCUUUCUUCAUCGAGUUUAGCGGGAACUCAGAGGAUAAGCCGGACCCUACUGAUUUUACUUUAUCGUACACGGAUGCGGAUGGAGACACGGUGCUAAUGACAUCCGACUCUGACAUUGCGGAUGCUGUCAAGAUUGCAAGGACGGGAGGUUCGGACCGUGUCGUUUUGUUCAUCCAAGGUGGUAAACAUUGGAUCGAGGCUGGAGCAGAUAAGAGUGAAGAUGGGGCUAAGGCAGCUGCAGAAGCUGCAGAGGAGCAAUUGAAGGCGAUGGACAGAACGGAGUUGACUCCUGAACCUGCACCUACACCAUCACCGCCAUCGAAGGUGGUCCUGCCACCAGACCAGGAACUCGUACUGGGUAUUCCCAAGGACCUUUUACUCCCUGCAAGUAUAGGUGUAUUGGCGGCGGUCAUUCUUGGUGUGUUUACCAUCUCGCGUCUAACACGCGAUUAACCGAAAGUUGUGAGGAAGUAGAGGUCUGGCAAUGUCAUACCAUCUUCCACUUAUUUGCAGAAAUCUCUUUACUUUCAUGUUAUCUGCUUCAUUUACUUUCUGCUACGUACAAGGUGUCAUUGCUGGCUUACCCAUCGUCUUCCACUCGUUUGCGUAUACAACGUGCCCUUGAUAUGAUACCUGACGACCUCAUGCAUUGUCUUGAUUUACCGGAAUUCAAUAAAGGAAUUUCAUCGCGAUUGGAUUGCUACCUCAAAAGUAUCCCCUU